AUGGAACUGAGGAGAGGCAUUGUUGCAAUAGCAGUGGUUGUCAUCUUUAAGAUUCAAAUUUGUCUGUCAGAUAUUAACAGGCAAAGCUUUCCAAAAGGUUUUGUUUUCGGCACUGCUUCUUCAGCUUUUCAGUAUGAAGGGGCAGUAAAAGAAGACGGAAGGAGGCCAUCUGUGUGGGAUACUUUUUCACAUUCACCUGGCAAGAUAGUAGAUAAUAGCAAUGCUGAUGUUGCAGUUGAUCAAUAUCAUCGAUAUGAAGAAGACACACAACUCAUGAAGGAGAUGGGAAUGGAUGCCUAUAGGUUUUCGAUUUCUUGGUCUCGAAUUUUUUCCAAUGGAUCUGGAGAAAUUAACGAAGCAGGAAUUGAUCACUACAAUAAACUCAUUAAUGCUUUACUAGCCCAAGGAAUUGAACCAUAUGUGACUCUAUAUCACUGGGACCUACCUCAAGCCUUGGAGGAUAAGUACAAAGGAUGGCUUAGCCCUUUGAUCAUAAAAGACUUUGCAACAUAUGCUGAAAUAUGCUUUGAGAAAUUUGGAGAUAGGGUAAAGCAUUGGAUCACUUUCAAUGAGCCUCACACAUUUGCUAUGAUGGGAUAUGAUCUUGGAGUUGAGGCACCCGGACGAUGCUCCAUUCUCCUUCACCAACUAUGUCGGAAUGGGAACUCUGCUACUGAACCAUAUAUCGUGGCUCAUAAUGUCCUUCUUUCUCAUGCAAUAGUCGUAGAUAUUUAUAGGAAAAAAUACCAGAAAGUACAAGGUGGAUCUAUUGGGAUAUCUUUGGAUGUCAUUUGGUUUGAGUCAGCAACAAAUUCCAAAGAAGAUAUUGAAGCAACUCAGAGAGCCUUAGAUUUUCAGCUUGGGUGGUUUCUUGAUCCAUUGGUUUUUGGAGAUUAUCCAAUCUCAAUGAGGAAUAGAGUAGGGAGUAGGCUACCAAAAUUUUCUAAGCCUCAAGCUCAUCUUCUUAAGGGUUCAUUAGAUUUUGUGGGUAUCAAUCAUUACACUACAUUUUAUGCAAUGCACAACGCUUCUAAUUUAGUUGGUGUUAUACUUCAUGAUUACAUUGCAGACUCAGGUGCCCUUACCCUCCCAUUUAAUGGCACCAAAGUUAUUGGAGAAAAGGCAAAUUCAUUAUGGUUGUACAUAGUACCACAAGGGAUGAGAAGCACUGUGAAUUACAUCAAACAGAAGUAUGGGAAUCCUCCAGUCAUUAUCACUGAAAAUGGAAUGGAUGAUCCAAAUGAUCCACUUAUCUCCAUUAAGGAUGCUCUGAAGGAUGAGAAAAGGAUUAGAUACCACAACGACUACUUAAUUAACUUACUAGCUUCUAUCAUCGAAGACGGAUGCAACGUGAAAGGCUAUUUUGUGUGGUCACUACUAGAUAACUGGGAGUGGCAAGCUGGAUUCACUUCUAGAUUUGGUUUGUAUUUCGUUGAUUACAAAGACAACUUGAGGAGAUACCCAAAACAAUCUGUUGAGUGGUUCAAAAGGUUCUUGAAAUCAACCCAAUGA